CGGUGAGUUUACUCGUCGUGAGUAGUCGAGUCUGUCUGUCUGUCUACGAUGGAUUCGUACACUUCAUUGCUCGAGAAAACUCGAGUGCCGCAACCGACGCUCCAAAAGUUCGCUGUAAUUUCCAUCUUCUCGAAGCUCCGGUCAGCACCGAGUCACCUGGGAGCUGAUUCUGAACCGGGUUCCGACGCUAUAUCUCGGUGCCUGUGCUCUUCUUCUGUGGCGGUUGUGGACCAGUCGGUUCGCGAGCUCUGCCGCCUCGUUUCAGACUCCAAAUUGGAUCUCCCUCGCGGGCUGCUGGAGCUCCAGUCGGCACUGGAAGGGUCUGACCCUAAAUUCGUUGAAAUUUUUGUGAAAGGUUUGGGUUUUCUUGUUCGUGUUGGGUUUGAGAGGAGCAAUAGGUCUUGGAGGGUUGAGUCCUAUGAGAACCAUCCCUUUGUUAAGAUUCUUUUGAGCAGAGUGGAGGUUCAGUCUGAACUUGUUCGCCAAGUUUUGUUGUUCAUUUCACAGAAUAAGCAAUCAGUGGAAGUUUGCGAAUUCUUGAGACCCUUUCUGAACUUUUCAAUUUUACGAAUACCCUUUUCGGAUUCUUCAUCAUAUUUGUUUGCAAGACAGUUAGUAUCAUCCAUAGCAUCGCUUUGUUGUACAUUUCCCAAUGAGGCAAUGCCAAUUUUCAGGCUACUUACAAAUUGCCUGAACUACUUUCCACGAAGAAGUCUAGAAGAGAGUAGGAAUUUCAAUUUCAUUGUGGAAUGGAUGACAGACUCAUUUAUAGUGGUGUUGAGACAGUUGGUUGAAACAGGAUCAGAGCUUAUUGCUGAUGCUCGACUAUACAGUGUCAAACUGUUAGAGAUGGUGCUUGAUCUCUGUACCUCUCCUUACAAGUAUAGUGGGACUGAACCAAUAAUUGAGCUACUGAAGCAUUUUUUGGCUGUCCAGAAAGAUCUUGCAUUGCAAUUCAUACCUGAAUUAUCAACAGUUAUAAUGUCCUUGUCUGUUAUCCUUGUUGAGUCAGAGCUUGAACAUGAACAAUUUUCUAUAUUGAAAUUCCUCCACUUCCUCUUCAAGUGGAAAAGUGAAACUGAUUAUGUUGUUGGGAGAGCUGCAUCCUCAAUAAGGGAAGAGCUUUUAGUAAUAUUUCCUAUUGUCAACCUCAUGUCGUCUCCUUCUAAAACAAUUAAAGGAUCUGCGACUGAUUUACUUCUUGUUUUAGAAAAGCUUUCAAUAAAACUGUUGACAACACCGAUGGUUGAGCUAACUAAGAAGGGGAAAUAUCCAUCUAUUAGCAGAGCUGAAUAUAUUAUUCUCAGACUGCUGGAACAUCUGUGGUUUCAGGAUCAAGAUUCAUUCUCCAGUUCUUUCUUUCUUAGUUUUUCUCCAGCUCUAAUUGACAACAAAGAAAGACGCAAUGGUCCAAGAUCUUGGACUAAUCAACUAAAGGAGUAUUCUCUAUGGAUAAUAGAGAGAAGAAAACUUUCUAUACCUAUCUCAAAAUUCCAAGAAACCUUUUUAACUGAAAUGCCCUUGCUUCUAGGUGCAAUUUCUGGUGUUUUGCUAAUGCAUCCAUCAUUGGGAAGUUCUGCUAUAGAUUCUUUGAAAUCCAUCAGCAUAAUGGAUCCUAAGCUGGGAGUUACUUUGUUGUUAGCCAUUCUGUUUUAUAAUAACAUAUUCACUGGAAAAGAUGUCAAUAGGCAGAGUAUGCUGCCAAAGCUUUUGGGAAUGCUUCCUUCACUCGCAUCUCAGUCUGCAAUGAUUCCACUUGUGGUUCAAACUAUCUUGCCAAUGCUGCAGAAGGGUGGAAAACAGGUGCUAUAUGCCACAGCUACUCGUUUGCUUUGCCAAACCUGGCAGAUCAACGACCGUAUCUUUGGGAGUUUGCAAGGAGUACUACUUCCAAAAGCAUUCAGUGAGUACAUGUCUGAGAGAAACAUCUGUAUAAGUAUGGCUGUUUCUAUUCGGGAUGUCUGCAGAAAGGAUCCUGACAGGGGUGUGGACCUUAUCUUGUCUGUUUCGGCUUGCAUUGAGAGUCAAGAUCCUAUUAUUCAAUCUUUGGGGUUUCAAAGCCUUUCCCAUCUUUGUGAAGCUGAUGUGAUUGAUUUCUAUACCGCCUGGGAUGUUAUUGGAAAGCAUGUACGAGACGUCAAGGUUGAUCCAAUUGUUGCACAUAGUAUCUGCCUCCUUCUGAGAUGGGGUGCAAUGGAUGCCGAAGCAUAUCCAGAAACCUCAAGUGAUGUAUUGAAAGUUUUGUGGGAAAUUGGUAGCUCAACACGGCUGAGUAAUGUGUUACAAUGGGCAAAGGCAAGGGCAUCUGCUUUUGAGGCAUUAACUCAGUAUGAGGUAUCAAGUAUUGAAAAAGGUAUUCCGAAUUUCAGACAAAUUGGGAUGGAGCUGCUUCUUUCUGAGACAAAUUCAGUUGUGCUCAGUGCUUUGGAGGGACUUCAAAUCAAGAUCAUAGGACAUGAGCAUAUUACUCGGCAGCGGUUUGUGAAGGAGAAAAAGGUCCCAGCAAAUAAGAUUGAGAAGUUGCUAGACAUUUUUCCUCAGAUUAUCUUUACAUCAGGAAAAAGAAAUAAAGCUGGACAACUACCUGGUGCUGCCUUAUUGUGCCACUCCUUUAUUGCUAAGGAUUUGAACAACCAAGGGACAAAGAAAGGAUUACAGGAUACACAUUCUGGAUAUGAAGACACAAUGGUACAAAUAGCUGGAUCUCUUCAACUCUCAAGAAACAUUUUUGUUGCUCUUCUCUCUCUAGAAUCCUGGAAAGCCUUUGUGCGACGUUGGAUGAGAGCUGAUAUCUUGUCUAUUGAGGCCAACUUACCAGCUAUUUUGGAUAAAACUUCUAAAGCUGCUAAUGAUAUUCUGAAGAGUAUGAUGCGAAUUGCAGAAGAAUCUAUCCCUAGGUCUGCUGAAAACAUUGCGUUGGCAGUUGGUGCACUAUGUGCAGUCUUGCCUCCUUCUGCACAUACUAUUAAAUCAUCUGCUUCAAAGUUUCUACUAAGCUGGUUAUUCAAGUACGAACAUGAACACUGCCAGUGGUCAGCUGCAAUAGCACUUGGAUUGGUAUCGAGUUCUUUACAUGUGACUGAUCAUAAGCAGAAACUUCAGAACAUUACUGGACUGCUUGAGGUUUUAUGUGGUACCAAAAGCACACUUGUCAAAGGAGCUUGUGGGAUUGGCUUAGGAUAUUCAUGCCAAGAUCUUCUUUCAAGGGUUGAAGCAACUGACAGCUCUAUUGUGGAAAAAGAGAACUACAAGAUGCAAGAAGAAAGAUUGCUAGGAAGGAUAAUUCAAACUUUGUCUCUGAUGUUAUGUCCAAUUGCUUGUUCUUCAGCACAUAUUCUAGAAAGUCUCUCUUCACAUUUCCCAGCAAGCAUGGAUGACACAGACUUGUGUAUAACUUCUGAAUUGUCACUUCAGGAUAAUGAUGACUUAGAGGAUGAUAUCUGGGGAACAGCUGGACUUGUCCUUGGUUUGGGAAGUUCUGUAGGUGCAAUAUACAAAGCUGGGGGACAUGAUGCUGUUCUCUGUAUAAAAGACUUGCUCAAAUCCUGGAUUCCAUAUGCAAAUUCUUCGGUUCAAAACUCUGGUUCUAGAGAUGAAAGAUCUGAGAUAAUCUUGUCAGUAGGAUCCUGUCUUGCACUUCCCAGUGUGGUGGCCUUCUGUCAAAAAGUUGAAAUGGUGGAUGGAGAUGAACUAGACCUUCUUGUCAGUGGGUACAAGGAUCUAAUCUCUGAGUUAUUGACUGUCAAUAAAACUAGCAUCUCUCACAAGAGUUUGUUGAUGGCAUCAAGCAGUGGAGCUGGAAGCCUCCUUGCAUGCAUUUUAAAUGAAGGGGUGCACUUCAUCAAAGUUGAACAUGUAAAAUGCUUGCUGGAAUUGUUUAGAAAAUGUUACUCUAGUCCUUACCCUCCUAUCACCCAUUUGGGUGCAAUGCUUGGUGUUGUUAAUGCUUUUGGGGCUGGUGCUGGAAGUUUGGUUGAUUGUCGUCCUUCAGUCCUCUCUUCACAUGCUGAUUAUGAUCAUAAGGAUCAUUCUUAUAUUUCGGGCCCUCUACUCUCCAGUCGUGUUUGUGAAGAGAUUCCAGCAUCAGUGAUGCAAGAGAUAUUUCUUAUUGCACAAAACUCUGACGACCUUCAACUGCAACAAUAUGCAGCAUGGGCAGUUUCAUUUCUUCGAAACCGUUUAUGGUCUUCUGAUAACAUUAGGCCGGCUGACUCUGUCUCAAAACCUGUUUCUCAAAGUGUUUCAGAGGAUAGUUUAGUCAUGAAGCUUGGUUUAUGGCUAAAAUAUCUAAAUUCUUCCGAGAAAGGUAGAGUUGCACACAUUUCCACGGUAGCAACUGUUUUAAGGUGCCUCUCUCGAGCUCCCAGGUUGCCAACCUUGGAUUGGGGAGCAAUCAUUAGACGCUGCAUGAAAUAUGAAGCCCAAGUGACUGAGUUGUUGGAAUCAAAUUCAGCUCUUAAAAGAGGAACCCUUAGAGAGGAAUGCUUGCUAUUUGCUAUGGCCCAUGGAAAGCAAUUUGAUGCACUCCUAACGUUCCUCGAUGAGUUAUCUGACCUCUACAGGAUCAGGACACUUGACACAAGUCUCCAAUCUUGUCUCUUCUCUCACGUGGCAGACCUGAUAAGAUUAUUCUCGGGUUCCAGACUGGAGAAGUUGUUAGACGAUGUGGCUAUCCACUUAUCUUCCCUUACUUCGAACCAAAUAUACAACUUCGAGCAGAAAAGUUCAUUACGGAUGUCUUGCUGGAAAGGUCUCUCUCAGUGUCUCGAUGAAGCUUCACUUGACUCCCUAGAGUACAUUACAAAUAUUGAAAAGUGCAUGGAAGUUCUCUUUUCCUUGUUGCCCGCACCUCAAUCGGUUGUCAAUGGAAGGAUGAACAAUCAAUUGACUUCUGUGGACGAGUGGUCUGAGGCAGUUAGUUGCUUGGCGAAGGCUCGGCAGAGUUGGUUAUUGCAUUUUCUGCAGAUUUCACAUGUGGAUCCUCCAGUUCGAGAUGAUAUCCAAUUCAGAGAAGUACUAAAGAAGAUUCAGGCAAAAGCCAAGCUAGUAAGGAUUGGUUGCAUCCCACUAACCGAGCUGGGAAAACUAAAAUAUUUCCUGUUGAACUCUGAAUCAGUAGGCAUCUGGGAUGUGCUUAUUGAAAUUGUAGCAGCUUUACAAGCAGAAGGAAGUGUCAAAAGACAAUGGCUGAUUGAUGCAGUUGAAAUCAGUUGUGUUUCAAGCUAUCCUUCCACGGCACUGCAGUUUAUCGGUCUCUUAUCUGGAAGCUGUUGCAAGUACAUGCCUCUUCUCAUCCUGGACAGAUUGUAUGUGUUGAAUGACCUUCCAGUCACCCUUCCAUCUCUAUUUUCGGACCCGAGUUGGGAAAUGGUUGCAGAAACCUUUGUUUCUCAUCUCUGGACGUCCACAGAACGGAUUCACAGAUGGGCUUCUCUGGUAGCUGUUGGCGGUGAUACACGUGAAAUUGAGAGAGGAGAAAACGACAUGGCUUCUCUUCUGCUACAAGUAAUGCAUCAUUGUUGCGUUUCUCUGAAGGAUUACUUGCCCCUAGAGAAACAGCUAAAACUAGCAAACAUGGUGGUCAUGUAUGACACCACGAGUCAUUCAGAACAAAUCACAAGAACCCAAAAAGGCAGCAGUUCAGCCUUUUGAAACAUGCAAUGUAUAAUUGUUACCAAGCUAACGUGUAGAAAUAAAUUAUGCAUUCUCGA